CUGCAGAUUGACCUAAUCCUUGUCACGAGUGUUAUCCAGCUCUGGUAUUAUCCAGUUCAGUGUUCGUUACAGGUAUUAUAGGCAAUGACUGCUGCGGUGAAUUUUAAAAACUGCGGCUCUGUGCUGGUGACAGGAGCCAGUCGAGGUCUCGGGCUGCAGAUAGUCGACAUCCUGGCGAGUGGAGGUUUCUCCCCAGGCAAGAUUAUAGCCACAACCAGAAACCCCGCGAAUACGCAGAAACUUCAGGAACUGGCAGAGAAACACCCUAACGUCCACAUCAUCACCUUGGAUGUGUUGAACCAGCAGAGUAUAGAGAAUUGUGUGGAGGAGGUGGGCCAGCUGGUACAAGGAGAGGGUCUGAACUGCCUGAUCAACAAUGCAGGGAUCAAUGUGGUGGCCGACUUCCAUACUGUCACUGCUGAGAAGAUGAUGGAAAACUUCAACACAAAUGCGGUUGCUCCUCUGAUGAUCACCAAGGCUUUCCUGCCUCUGCUGAAACUAGCUGCAUCUAAAGGUGGAGCAGGUGGUGCGAGUGGGAUGGGCAUCCAGAGGGCGGCAGUCAUUAACAUGACCUCUCUGCUGGGCUCUGUGGAGCUCAACUGGGGGGAACGGGCCAACAACUUCAAAUGGUACCCCUACAGAACCUCCAAGAGUGCUCUAAACAUGGUGAGUCGCUGUAUGGCUGUGGACCUGGAGCCUGAUGGGAUCCUCUGCAUGGCUAUACACCCUGGCUGGGUGCGCACUGAUAUGGGGGGGUCUCAGGCUCCACUGAGUCCAGAUGAGAGUAUUUCUUCCGUCUUGUCUGUGAUCGGUGGACUGACUGAAAAGGAUCAUGGGUCCUUUCUGAACUUUACUGGAGAGGUGUUGCCUUGGUAACACCUCCGAUUAUAAGCACUACUUGCGCUAAUGAUUCUGAUAAUGAUCCACUAUGCAGAGAUGAAGGUAUCAACGACUCAGUCUUAACGAAGCUGAAACUUUAUAUGUUAUUAUAGGAGGACAAAAGUAUUCAAAUCUUGUAAUCAGUCUACUUUAAAAUUAUCAUAUGUUCGAUGAUGCCCUGUUAGUUUGUGUUUUGCAAAUAUAUCAGGAUCUGUAAUAAUGGAACAAAAUAUAAGGUUUAAAUUUGUGUGUAGAUUGUACAGACAUGUAGUGAGUCAUCUGCAGUUGCACUUUCUAAGUAGUUUUCUACAGUACAAAAUAACAAUAUAGUAUCUAUAAUGUAUGAACAAUUACACUAGUUUUAAAUAUGUAAAAACAUUUUUCCUGUUCUUAAAUUUAGUCAUUUAACAUGUAUUUUUGAUACUAUUUGGAACAUUUGAGGUUACACUGUUGAGAAAUGCCAAUAAAAUGUUACGUUUU